CAAAUCUGAAACUUCCUGGGGUGCGAUGCAGUACAUGCAAGUCCGUGACAUUUUCUUCAGCCAUGUAACUCGUCAAAGGAUAGCGCGUUUGUAAAGAGUCAAGCUACUUGUUUGAGGAGGAUGUGUGUGUGCUGACAGCGGCACGAGCGGCGAACCAGCAGAUCCUUAUAUCUGAGUAAGAGCACGCCAUGAAGAGAUCAGUAAGUUGGGAGUCUGAGGCUCUUUGACUGGUGCUGUUGUUGGUGCUGGCUGCCAGGUCAUGAAGAUUCGCUGGUCGAGGAAGGUGGCUUUACUGGCCAAGGUCUGCUUCCUCUUUUCUCUGCUGUGGCUCUUCUACCUUCUUCUAGUUCGUUCGUCCCCUCAAUCUCUUCCUGAUAAAGAUGGUCAACAUGACAUCCUGGUCCGUGACCUUCCGUCCAUUAAGGCGGAGGACUCUGACAGCCUCCUGCGGCCCGUUUAUGAGAAGCAAACGCCAGACCCCCGUGCUCCUGGAGAAUAUGGCCGAGCCACUCGAUUGACCCUCAGCCCCGAGGAGAAGAAAGAGGAGGAGGCCAGCAUUGAGCGCUAUGCCAUUAAUAUUUUCAUCAGUGACAAGAUAUCUCUCCAUCGCCAUAUUCAAGACAACAGGAUGCAUGAAUGCAAAGCUAAGAAGUACAACAUCCGUCGUCUGCCUACAACAUCAGUGGUAAUAGCAUUUUAUAAUGAGGCCUGGUCCACUUUACUCAGAACCAUCCAUAGUGUGCUGGAGAUGACACCAGCCGUCCUACUGAAAGAGGUCAUACUUGUGGAUGACUUUAGCGACAGAGGCUAUCUGAAGUCACAGCUGGCUCAGUAUGUCAGUAACCUGGAGCGUGUUCGCCUCAUUCGCACCAAAAAAAGAGAAGGUCUGGUACGGGCCCGGCUCAUUGGCGCCACCUACGCUACAGGACACGUGCUCACUUUCCUUGACUGCCACUGUGAGUGUGUGCCUGGCUGGAUUGAGCCACUGCUGGAAAGAAUUGCUGAUAAUGAGAGCACCAUCAUAUGUCCAGUGAUUGACACCAUUGACUGGAACACAUUUGAGUUCUACAUGCAGACAGCUGAGCCGAUGGUGGGCGGCUUUGACUGGAGGCUGACAUUCCAGUGGCAUGCCGUGCCUGAAAUGGAUCGCAAGAUACGCAAAUCCAGAAUUGACCCCAUUAGGUCUCCCACAAUGGCAGGGGGCCUAUUUGCCGUCAGCAAGGCCUACUUUGAGUAUCUGGGCACUUAUGACAUGGGCAUGGAGGUCUGGGGAGGAGAGAAUCUGGAACUUUCUUUCCGGGUGUGGCAGUGUGGAGGGUCUUUAGAAAUUCACCCAUGCUCCCACGUGGGUCACGUGUUCCCCAAGAAAGCGCCGUACUCCCGAUCCAACUUCCUUCAGAACACUGUCCGUGCUGCAGAGGUUUGGAUGGACUCUUACAAGCAGCACUUCUACAACCGAAACCCUCCAGCAUGCAAGGAAUCGUAUGGGGAUAUAUCUGAAAGGAUUGUGCUGCGAAAGCGGCUUCAGUGUAAGAGUUUUGAAUGGUACCUGCAGAACAUCUACCCCGGUCUGCAUGUGCCAGAGGACAGGCCUGGUUGGCACGGAGCGGUGCGUAGUGCUGGAGUUCACUCUGAAUGUCUGGACUAUAACGCCCCGGACCACAACCCCACAGGAGCUCACCUUUCCCUGUUCGGCUGCCAUGGUCAAGGUGGUAAUCAGUACUUCGAGUACACAUCUCAAAAGGAGAUUCGGUUUAACUCCAUGACAGAGCUGUGUGCUGAGGUUCAGGAUGGAAUGACACACAUAGGGAUGAAGCAUUGUCCGCAUGACGGUGCUCCCAGACCUCCUGGCAUCAUAUGGGAUUUCAGAGAUGAUGGCAGCAUAUAUCACCCUCAUUCAAACAUGUGUAUCACCUCCUACCGCACAGAAGACGGCCGUGCAGAUAUCCAGAUGAGAAGUUGCUCUCCUGGAGACAAACACCAGCGCUGGAGCUUUGAGUGACUUUAAAACCCAUGUGAACUUGGAUGUAAGUGCAAUUAUCAAAAAGAAUGUCACUUCUGACUUGGCAUUAAAAAAGGAGUGAAGAACAGGCAUAAAAAUGGGACCCAUCCAUCCAUAUAGUGCCUUUGCAAACCAAAGUGGACAUACUUGUAGUGCCAAUUCUUGCGGUUCCUUGUUAGAGACAUUCAAUGUGCUAUUCUAAGUACAAAGUGCAUAUUAGAACUAUUAAUAACGCAUUGUAGCAAAUUCAACCAUCCAGCGUGUUGGAACAGCAUUUUUGUUUACAUUGAUGCACUAUACGCUUCAAGUGAAUCAUUUUUAGACUCAGCAGUAACUAAUCUUUAGAUCUACUGCACAGCAAUUUUAUUUAAUUGUAUCAGAAGUGACUGAUUUGAGGAUGUCGUGAGUGGGUUUGUCUUGAUUGUCAUCUGUUGUUCUCUUGUUAUAUUUUUGUGUCAUUUUGAGGCUGUUUUUGUAUUACUAGGGAAUUUAGGGUCUUUUCACCUUAUUUUGUGUAAGCUGCAUGGACUAUUUUGGCACACUGGUGUUGUGGAACUGUACCAGCAUUUUAAGGGGCUGUUUACACGACAAUGUUUUCUGCCAAAAAUGGGAAACUUUUUAUGAGUUUUGACUGUUAGUUUACACGACAAUGGCGUUUUGGGGACUGAAAAUGCAUAUUUUUGAAAACAGGUUUCAAAGUGGAAGUUUUUGAAAACAGCACCGUUGUCAAUACAGCAUUUUUGUCCGUUUUCGCAGAUAUGUGUAAACGCAAAUCAAUUUGAAAACGUUGUCGUGCAUAUGUGAAACUUUUUAAAAACGCAAGGGAAAAACUUUUCCGUUUUUGACAACACUGUUGUCGUGUAAACGUACCAUAAGUCUCACUCACACUAACAGCAGUGUUCAAGUAGUUUGUUAAUAAUGUAUGUACACUUGAAUUUGAAGUAGAUUACAGAAACUGUAAUUCAGAGUUGGUAUAAAAUGUAACGCAAUUGUGGACCAAAUCUAUCAAAUCCUAAACAGGUUGUCCAAAACCAAGUUUUUCUCUACUACACAUUUGGGAAUUAUCCACUUUACCAGUUAAUUGUUUUCCUAGAAAAAUUAAUUGCUGGAAAUUUAUUGACUCACCAGAAAGUGCCUCUUCAGACAGACUUUUUAAAAAGGUGCAUUUUCCUUCACAAAUCAGAGUAUUACAAUACUUUAUCAAGAUGUUGGCCAAAGUAAAAUUCAGAAAAUUGACUAAGUGCUUUUAUCACGGGUCUUCCAGCUUUCACACAUAACUGAAUAAUGUAUCAGUAAGUUUUGGUAAAUAUCUUGAAAAUGCUAUAUCGUAAACUGUAUAUGGAUAAUACCUUUAUUUUUGCACUAAAAUGUAUUUAAAAUGGCAACAUACUUUUUUUUUAGGUCUCAUCCUUUGUAAUUUUCAGUGAAUUUAAUUUUUUAGGGACUGUGGGAAAGUGAACAUGAAAUUUGAAUUACUACUGAUAAAGCACAGUUUGUGUUGAUCAUGUGUUUUGCUGAUGGACUGUAAUGAAGUAUUUUUGGAACAUGGAAAAAUAUACA